UUCGAAUGGAGCUCAAGUACAUCCAUGUGCAAUGUUUGUUUUGAGCAAAGGAAUGCUUUAUUUGCACUUUAAACCAAAUCUAUGACUUUACAGACAAUUGUCUGCAUUUACGGUAACAUGAGUAGCCAGACAGAGCCCUGUUUAUCCAACGGUGGUUAAACAGGUUUAUCUUUCUAAGACCCUGAGAUGAUACAUCGUCUGAUAUCUCGUUACCGAUGGCAAACCUUCGGGGUAAGAUGCUCUUCCACCUCAGUAAAGCCCGAAUCCCACCAGACCCGUCUGAACCCGCUCAACAUCCAGAUGCUGUCCAGGAACCUGCAGGAACAGAUCUUUCGGGGCCGGACGCAGGAGUACGCAGAAGAAGACAUCGAGCUCAGCAUCAGACACUUGGAGAAACACAAACUCUGGGGGAAAGAGACUGAUCUGUUACCAGACGUAGAACUCAAACUACCCCACAUGUACGGGGAUGACAUCGACGGACACUUUCGCACCUUGGCCCAAACGCAGAGCCUGCCUUACCUUGAUGCGGCCAGCCAGCUUCAGGGCGCAGGGCUGCCCGACAUGCCCACGGAAUGGGCUUGUGAAGUGGGAUGGACGCGUUACGGGGCGGACGGAAAAAGCAACAGGGUGGAUUUUCCAGAUGAGAAGGCGUUAGUGUUUGAUGUGGAAGUCUGCAUGGAGGAAGGACAUUGUCCGACGCUGGCCGUGGCGGUUUCUCCAACUGCCUGGUACUCAUGGUGUAGUAAGAGGUUGAUAGAAGAAAGGUACACCUGGUCCAGUCACCUGACUCUGGCUGAUCUUAUUCCUUUGGAGACCCCCACAAACUCCACCAGACCACCGGGCGGCGAGUGGCAGGAGAGGCUUGUGGUUGGACACAAUGUGAGCUUUGAUCGAGCGCACAUUAAAGAGCAGUAUUUACUAAAGGGAUCCAAGUUGCGUUUCCUGGACACUAUGAGUCUCCACAUGGCUGUCUCGGGGCUGACGGGAUUUCAGCGGUCUCUCUGGAUGGCUAGCAAGUACGGCAAGAGAAAAGGCCUGCAGGAGGUUAAGGAGCACAUGAAGCGACUCGGCCGGCGCUCGGAGGGACCGAAGAUUGGAUCAUGGGAAUGGGUUGAUAUCAGCAGCAUUAAUAAUCUUGCUGAUGUUCACGCUCUGUACGUCGGCGGGGAGCCGCUGAAGAAAGAAGCCCGAGAUGUUUUUGUGAAGGGAAAAAUGUCCGAUGUUCGGACCAACUUUCAGGAGCUGAUGCAGUAUUGUGCUUCAGAUGUACAGGCCACCCAUGAGGUCUUCACUCAGCAGCUGCCUUUGUUUUUAGAGCGGUGUCCUCAUCCCGUGACGCUCGCAGGUAUGCUAGAAAUGGGCAUGUGCUAUCUUCCUGUCAAUCAGAGCUGGGGGCGGUACUUGGAGGACGCUCACGACACUUAUGAGGAGCUGCAGAGGGAAAUGAAAAAAUCGUUGAUGAUUUUGGCCGAUGAUGCCUGCCAGUUAUUGGAGGAUGAUCGGUAUAAAGAUGACCCCUGGCUAUGGGAUUUGGAUUGGGACGUUCAAGACUUCAAGCAGAAGAAAGUGCCUGUAAGUAAGAAGAAAGCCAAACAGGAGGAGGAGACGGCACCAGCAGCACUAGUGAAUAAUGACAUCCCGUAUUACUGGGACAAUGACGUUGGUCCCCCUUCAGAAGAGGAGGAGAAUAUUCCACACCCCAGCAGAGAACUACUAAAGAAACUAAAGGAGACCAUCAGUUGCCUGCCAAAGAGGAGACAGCACUUACCCGCCCACCCCGGAUGGUACCGUAAGCUGUGUGUGAAGAUGUCCGAAGCCAAGGAUUGGUCUCCUGGAGCCAGUCUGAUCAGUCUACAGAUGAGGGUCACACCCAAACUCAUGGGACUGACUUGGGACGGCUUUCCCCUGCACUACACCGACCAGCACGGAUGGGGUUACCUGGUACCGGGGCGCAAAGAUAACCUGGAGAUCUCAGAAGACAACGAGGGACCUGUAUGUCCCUACAGAGAAAUUGAGAAAGUUUAUAAGGAAUACUGCGAAGGGAAGGGACAGUCGCAGUGUCAGGACGGCCCGCUUUCUGUUGACCUCAUGUUGACGGAUAGCACCGUGUGGCAGACGGUGGAAGAAAUGAGUCGUUUGGAGGUGUCUGAUGAUGAAAUGCAUACGACAGCAGUCCCAUCCAAUAGGUCAAAGAGUGUUCACAAUGGGAACAGUGACUGCCGUUAUCACCAUGGAAACGGACCAUACAAUGAUGUCAACAUCCCUGGUUGUUGGUUCUUCAAACUGCCACACAAGGAUGGAAACGACAACAACGUGGGAAGUCCGUUCUCUAAAGACUUCCUGUCCAAAAUGGAGGACGGUACGCUUCAGGCGAGGCGGGGGGGCACGAACGGCACGCGGGCCCUGGAGAUCAACAAGAUGAUCUCGUUCUGGAGGAACGCCCAAAAACGCAUCAGCUCUCAAAUGGUGGUAUGGCUGCGAAGAGGAGAGCAGCCACGCACUGUCAGCAGACAUGAAGACUACAAUGAGGAAGGACAGUACGGAGCUAUUUUACCUCAGGUCAUCACGGCUGGAACGGUCACGCGCAGAGCCGUAGAGCCGACGUGGCUGACUGCCAGCAAUGCUCGGAAAGAUCGAGUGGGCAGUGAACUGAAGGCCAUGGUGCAGGUGCCACCUGGUUAUCACCUGGUGGGAGCAGAUGUGGAUUCCCAAGAGCUGUGGAUCGCUGCCGUGCUGGGUGAAGCCCACUUUGCUGGGAUGCAUGGCUGCACUGCGUUCGGGUGGAUGACACUUCAGGGAAAGAAGAGUCAAGGCACGGAUCUGCACAGCCGCACCGCAGACGCUGUUGGAAUUAGCCGCGAGCAUGCCAAGGUCUUCAACUACGGCAGGAUUUAUGGGGCCGGCCAGCCGUUUGCCGAGCGACUGCUCAUACAGUUUAAUCACCGCUUGAGCCAACAGGAAGCAGGCAGCAAAGCUCGACAGAUGUAUGCACUUACCAAAGGACUGCGCAGGUAUCAUCUGUCUGAGGAAGGUGAGUGGUUGGUGAAGGAGUUAAAAGUGGAUGUGGAAAGAGAUGACGACGGUACCAUCUCGCUGCAGGAACUCCGCAGGAUCUCAAAACUAGCAACUCAAAGCACCCGCAGGAAGAGGAGAUGGAAUCUCGCAGGGCAGCGCGUGUGGGCGGGCGGCACGGAGUCGGAGAUGUUCAAUAAACUGGAGAAUAUCGCUCACUCUGAUGAACCAGCCACUCCGGUGCUAAGCUGCAGGAUCUCCAGAGCUCUGGAACCUUCUGCUGUUAAAGAUGAGUUCAUAACCAGCAGGGUGAACUGGGUGGUGCAGAGUUCAGCCGUGGAUUAUCUUCAUCUCAUGCUGGUGGCUAUGCGGUGGUUGUUUGAGGAGUACGAUAUCGACGGCCGAUUCUGCAUCAGCAUUCACGACGAAGUGCGAUACCUGGUUCGCAGCGAGGAUCGCUACAGAGCUGCGCUGGCCCUACAAAUAACCAACCUGCUGAUCAGGUGUAUGUUUGCUUAUAAACUGGGAAUGAGAGAUCUACCGCAGUCAGUGGCUUUCUUCAGCGCUGUGGAUAUCGAUCAGUGCUUACGUAAGGAGGUCACCAUGGACUGUGUGACUCCAUCGAACCCUUCAGGAGUUGAGCGAAGAUACGGCCUAGCACAAGGUGAAGCAUUGGAUAUCUACCAGAUUAUAGAGAUCACCAAAGGAUCUUUGGCCAAAGGGAAAUAAUAUAACAACCAAACAUCUGUGGCAUAAAACAAAGGGUGAACACACUGAA